CUUAAAUAUUUUCAAUGUCGCUGUUGUCGCUCCAUUUAAUUUUGUGACAGAUUAAAAAAAAAAGUGAAAUAAAUUUCUGCCCGGUGUUAAAUAUAUUUAAAAGUGUUUACAAUAAUAUAAUUUAUAUAAUAUUUCAUACUAAGAGAAUUUUAAUUCUGAUUCAACUUAUACAAAUUUUUAUUGUUAACAAUAAAUACAGUGUUCCUUUUCUGGAGUAUUUAUAGGUUAUGUGUGUAAUGCAUUUGCAAAAAUUGUAAAAAUGGUGCGAAAUUUAUCAAGAAAUGGUCAAAAAACUUUAUUUUAUGUCGGUUGUGCAUGUGUAGGAGCAUAUGUUGCUUAUCGUUAUUGGAAAAAGAGACUUUUAAAGAGCAUCGAUGAAGGAUUUGAAGAAGUUUCAAAGAUGGACGAUACCAAUGAAAGAAGAGUUCUUCUUCUUGGUUUAGAAGGAUCAGGAAAGACGUCUCUGAUGAAUCAAGCAACAGCUUCCAAUUCUGAUAAUACCUCUUAUGUUGUUCCACCUCCACCAACUCAUGGAUUUGCUGUUUAUCGAUUGGGAAAUGGACAAUAUACUUAUAAUGUUUGGGAAAUUGGUGGAGCAGAAGAUACAAAACAAUAUUGGAAUAAUUUCCUUCAAGACACCGAUCUUUUGGUGUUUAUGUUUGAUUCUUCAUCAGAAAUGCACAAAUUAUCCGUUGCCGUAUCAACUUUUAAACAAUUAUUAGGAGAUUCGAGAAUUGAUAAUGUUCCAAUAUUAGUAGUUGCUAAUAAACAGGAUGCUCCAAAUGCACUCAGGCCAGACGAAAUAGCUAAAGCAUUAGAUCUGAUUAGUAUUUCGCCUUCUAAACAUAAAAUCGAAGUGAUUGGUUGUCAAACUCGUCCUUUACCUGAUCUUCCUCCAGGUACUAAGGAAUAUACUUACCAUCAUCCUUCCGUAGAUGUAGUAAAGAAAAAAAUAUUUGUUAUGGCGACUGCUUAAAAUGACUUUUUUAUAUUACAUAAAAUAGUUUUAAAAAAUGAAGAAUAUCUAGAAUCUACAUGUGCAUUGAGCACUUUAUUUUUUUAUUAAACGUUAAAGCUUUGAUAAUACUUUGGUCUCGUAUUGUAUAAUUAGUCAUAAACUUUUGUUAAACAACUAUUAACUUUUACCAUCUUUGUAUGUAUUGUUCUUAACACUUUUGUGUACAAGAUAAAAAAGUUGUUUUAAAAUUUUGUUAGCUUUAUUAUUUUUAAUUACUUUCACUAAAAAAAAAAGUCUGUUAACAAAUGAGAACAUUUCACGUACGAAAAUGAAAAAAGUUAAUGAAAAUUAUAAGUUUAUUUUUUUUAUUGUAAUUUACAAUUUUCUGAAAAAAUAAAAAUGUUCUGAUUUAAAAAAAAGCUUUAUAUAUAGGUUAAUAAUUAUAUAUUUUGAUUUUCUGUGAUAUCUUUGUUAUCUUUGUGCACACUAUUCUAUCAAAGUUGUUAAAUCAAUGUAAAUACAUAUUUAGAUGAAAAAAAAAAAAAACUUUUCAUUACGUGUAUUAUAUAAAACAAUAUUUAUUACUUCAAACUCUGAGUACUUUUAUGUUUUAACAAAUAAUCAUGAUUUUUAUACAACAUAAAACAAGAAUGAAUAUAAAUAUUAAGUAAUAAAAA